AUGGAUUCACGGUACCAGAGGCCUCUGCGCGACGAUUUAGCCUUAAUCCCUGCCUUUUCCGGCUCUCCUUUUCGAGGGCGGAGCACUCUCCGUAAACUGGCGUCUCCGGAGAAGAUGCUUUUCCCGGAGAGACAGAGCCACCGACAGUACCGGGCUGCCCUGAAGAAGGAGAAACGGAAGAAGCGCCGGCAGGAGCUCGCUCGAUUGAGAGACUCGGGACUCUCACAGGCAGAAGAGGAGGAAGAUGCUUUUCUUGAAGAAUGCCAACUGGAAGAAGAGAAGCUGUUGGAGGCGGAGAGGAAAAAGUUGCAUGAGGAGUGGUUGCAGAGAGAGCAAAAGGCACAAGAGGAAUUCCGAAUAAAGAAAGAGAAGGAAGAGGCAGCCAGGAAGCGGCAGGAAGAGCUAGCAAGGAAGUUGAAGGAAGAAUGGGAAGAACAGCAGAGGAAGGAGCAAGAAGAGGAGGAACAGAGACUUCAGGAGAAGACAGAGAGAGGGGAAGCUGUGCAGAAGAUGUUGGACCGGGCUGAAAAUGAGUUGGAAAAUGGUGCCACAUGGCAAAAUCCAGAGCCACCUUUGGACGUAAGAAUAAUGGAGAAAGACCAAGCUUACUGUUCAUUCUACAGUAAAACAGGAGCGUGCAGAUUUGGAGAUAGGUGUUCACGGAAACACAAUUUCCCAGCAUCGAGCCCCACCCUUCUGAUAAGAAGCAUGUUUACAACGUUUGGGAUGGAGCAGUGCAGGAUGGAUGACUACGAUCCUGACGCCAGCCUGGAGUACAGCGAGGAGGAGACCUACCAGCAGUUCCUCGAGUUCUAUGACGACGUGCUGCCUGAGUUCAAGAACGUGGGCCGAGUGGUGCAGUUCAAGGUCAGCUGCAACUUUGAACCUCAUCUUCGGGGCAACGUGUAUGUCCAGUAUCAAUCGGAAGAAGACUGUCAAGCGGCCCUUUCCCUGUUUAAUGGGCGUUGGUACGCAGGACGGCAGCUGCAGUGUGAAUUCUGCCCAGUGACCCGGUGGCAAAUGGCAAUCUGUGGUUUGUUUGAAAGCCAGCAGUGUCCGAGAGGAAAACACUGCAACUUUCUUCACGUGUUCAGAAACCCCAACAAUGAGUUUUGGGAAGCCGACAGGGACAUGUACCUGUCACCAGAUCGGACUAGCUCAUCCUUCGGGAAGAACGCAGACAGGAGGGAGAGGCACCACGGCAGGUCAAGGAGGAGGCGCAGCCCCAGCUCGGACCACUCCUCCAAAAGGAACGGUGAACCCGGCCGGAAGCGCAGGAGCAGCCACCACGACAAGUCCCACAAGCAUGUUGGUUCUAUUCAGUCCCCAAUGCCAGAUAUUUUGACUCUCCGGAUACCAGCACACAAAGGAGGAAUCUCCCUUCUAAGUUGUUGCUCCAAAGAGGAAACAAUCAUCCGUACAGGAAACUCCACCAGCAACAGUCGCCAGGAGUUCACUCAAGCUCACAGCAGGCCCACCUGUGUCAGAAGAGAUUUCAGUAGACCGUUCUUCAGGGGCGUCUAUGGGUAG